UCAGCUAAAAUCAUGAAGGUCUUAUUUUUUGUUUUGAUGGCAGCGCUGCCAUAUAUACAGGCUCAAGUUGAUUAUUUGAAACCCUAUGAAGUACUUCUCUAUUCCAAAGAAAGUUCUGUUGAUUUUUCAAAGCCUAUUUGCUUUGGUAACAUUCUGCAAAGUCAUAUAAUCUUAACAGCUGCAUCGUGUUUGACAAGUGAUUUAGAAACCUCAACUAUAAUUGAUUUAAAUAAUUUGACCAUUGCUGUUCCAAGAGAAAAUGGUGAAAAUUUAUUAUUUUCAAUCAAUAAUAUUUACACGUACCCAAAAUCGAAACCUGGCAGUGAAAAUGAUGUCGCCCUGCUCAACCUUAGCACUUCACUUCCAUUGUCAGAUCGAAAUGAUAUUGAGUGGAUAGUAUUAUCAGAUCAUCCUGUAAAUUUGGAAAAUUGCAUCGGCUCAGACACUGAAGAUAUCGAUGUGAUCACUAGUUAUGACAAGAAGAGAAAUUUAAAAGGGUAUGGAACAUUGUGUGAGAGUGAAUUAGUGGCCAUUCUAACAGCUGCACUGCCUGAUAAAAAUGAGCUGAGCGCAGAAUAUGAAGAAAAUAUAUAUGACGAUGCAGAUGUAAAAUAUACAGAGAUAUUCCCCUAUUUAUGGUGGAUUUUUGAAAUUCUGCAAAAGGAAGAACUGGAAGAUAUUGCCAGCAACAAUUUUAAUCCUUCAUUGCCAUACCGUGAACGGAAAACUGCUAAUAUAGUUCAUAAUGUUACUUCCGAAGAUAAUGAUAAUGAAUCCGAAGAGUUAUUAAAUAGUGAGACCGAAAUCGGUGGUAUUGUUUUUAAUAAUAACAGCGGUGGAAUUCCUGAAUUGAAAAAUGCUGAUAUGGUUCUGGAUGAACUAGUUCCAGUUAGUUCCAGUGAACCAUCCUCAAAGCAGGAAAGAGAUACUUUUGAUCUUGGUCUUUAUAACACUUCUAGUGAAUUGCUAAAAAGUACAGCGAUUCGGAUUAAUAUGAGCGAUUUAUACCUAUGGAUGCUGUUAAUUUGGAUUUCAUUUCUCCAAUGUUUAACUCUGUAAAGCGGAAUCAAAUUGGACUAAUUAAACACAUAAACUCUUGCGCAAAAAGCAACAAAAUAUAAAAAAAAAUUCUUCAAGAAUCCAUGAAAUUCUUUUAAAUUUUCUAGUUAAAUAAUAUCUUUAAAACCAAGAAUUGUAUAAAAAAUAUUUCUUAGGAAGGCCUAAGCUUAUUUGCUUACAAUAUUAAAAUUCAUUGAAAGGUAACCAUCUGUUAAUAAUAUUUGAGAACAAAAUUUUCCUAUUUCUACAAAAAUAAAAUAUUUUAAAUAUAUGUGCAAUUGAAA